AUGAGGAUCGACACACUAUCGUUCCUACCCAUUUUCAUCAAUCAGCUCCUUCGGAAAGGAUCCUCGCUAGCUGUCAAGUCUGUCGUAGAAUACCCGCUUCCAGCAGCUGGCGAAACCCAUGAGAUCCUUGCCGUGAGCGACGAGCUCUUGCUGAUCUCUCAGCAGACGGACGGCAGUUUGGUCAAAGUGGCGCUCAAUCAGAAAGGACAACCCGUUGCAGCGCGCAAGUACAUUGUGACGAACCCCUGGUCCGGACUGCAUGGUCUGGCGCUGCACCUAGGCUCUUCGUCGUCUGGCGCCAACUCGACAGUGUGGGCAACCGUCCAAUUCGACAAUGCCAUCCUUCAGAUCGAUCCUAACGGCAACGACAUCAACUCUCCGCCGCGCGUCCUCAGGACGAUCCCACUCCCUGCCCCUGCAUUUGGACCCCAUGGCAUCCUCGAGCACAACGGCAGCCUCUGGGCAGCCUGCAAAGACAGCUCGCACAUCGUGCGCAUGACUAUCGACAAACCCGACGAGGACCAUCAAGUGUGGGCUGUCAGCGGGCGGCCUAUAUUCACUGCUGUGCAUCCCACCAGUGGGGAUGUCUUUGCUGGCCUGGAUCUGAGCAGCAAGAUCUGGCGGUACAAGAAUGAUGGCGGGACAGGCGAGGAAAUAGCUGUUCCCCCUGACAAGGGCACCACACCCGUCGGUCUCUUAGCCGGGCCCGAUAAAAAUGCCUGGGUGGUGUUGUUGGGCAACUCGACCGCCGGCACAGGCACUUUUGGUCGCAUCAACAAGGACGCAUCCAUCGACUGGUUCACCCUCUCCUCGUCUAUCGGGAGCGCCGCGCCGCUGAUCCACAUGGCGUUCAACGACCAAGAUCCAACGCAGUUGUGGCUUCUCGGGUCGUCAACCCUGUGCGCUGCCUGUGUCAACGCCGUAUUCACUGUGAAGAUCGAGGAUACGGCUAGUGGGACGGCACGCCCCAGAAUUGCAGUGCAGAACACCGUCAUGUUGCCUACGCAGCGGAGCUGGACGCACCGCAUGAUUGUUCACCGCGGAGACCUGUACAUCACGGAGCUGACAACUUCAACGCUCGCGCAUGUCAGCGGAGGGGCGGUCACCGGGUUGAAUAUUAGCGAGACGUGGGAUCAGUACGCCUUCUCUGGUGUUGGUGCUAGGGUGGAUGCCCUUGACUACAGUAAUGCUUAG